AUGGUCAACAGAAUCACCUCGACGGACCAGAUUCCGGCAUUUGUCGACAGAAAUAUAUGGAAAGAUUCGGUCAUAAUCCACAGACAGGGAGAUGAUAUUAUCUGGAUAAGAAAUAGUAAGGAAAUGGACAAUUUCCCAUUGCAAAAAUUGCUGAAAUUGUAAAACUUCUGAAAUUACAGAUCUCCUCAAAAAGACGACGCCAUCCCCUUCCAUUUCGAGUGAGGACUCCGGUGAAUCCAGCGGGAGCGAAGGAAGAAAGUUGAGGCCAAAGAAAGUAAUGAAUUACUUCCCGCCACAGAGAUCACUGAAGACUGAUAUUGGGGAUCAAAAGAAAAAGGAGACUACUAAAGAGAGUAGCGAAGUUUCUUCAAAUGCUUCGAAGCAGGAAGUCGGAUCAAAAAAACGUUUUAAUGGUAAAAGCGCUUCAGAAACAGGGAAAUCGGUGUUGGACUCUUCUCAAAAGUCAAAGAAACCGAAGCUCUUGUCCGCUGAGGAAAUUGCAAGGUCCUGUCGACCCAAAUCGAGCCAGGAUGCAAGCAACAGCCCUCUUCGUGAAGAACAGAUUCGAUUGGAGUUCCAUAUUGCAGAUUGGAACCUAAUUCGAGAUCAAAGAGAUCUGAAUUCCCAGUCUACUCUGAACAGACCAAAAGUAUUACCGAUAGUCCUGCCCCCGGAGCGAAUGAAACCCAUCAUUGCUGAACUUGUGCGGGAAGAGUCGUUUAGUGCUAGCCAUCGCCUGCACAAUCCGAACAUGAGCACUGUUCAAAAUAAGAAGAUCUUCGACAAGUGUAAUGGCAACAAUGGGCAUGGACACAACUACCGAGUUAAGGUAUUCCUGAAGGGCCCUAUCAACAAUCAUACGGGCAUGGUAUACAACAUGAAGGAUCUGAAAGAAGAGAUGAAAAUUGUGAUUGACACACUGGACCACAAAAACAUUGAUCAUGACGUCGUGUUCUUUAAGUAAGCAAAAGGUUUCUAAAACGCACAGUUCUAAAAUGCAUUUCAGAACGCGUGUAUCGACGAGCGAAAAUCUGGCCGUGUAUUUUGUUACUUUUAUGAAGAAAGUGAUGGCCGCCCCUCAGCUUCUGUACAAAAUCGAAUUAUGGGAAACGGACAAGAAUAGCGUGGUCCUCUUUGCAUCUGAUGUUUAA